AUGCUUGUCUACAAUCCAGCAAAGCGAAUUUCGGCGAAGGCUUUUCUGAAGGACAAUAAUUUCAACGGUGUGGACCGAAGCAAAUUCCCCACCGGCAACUUCGAUGGGACUUUCCGAUGUCCAGCGUUGUUAUGUCGUAUGGUUAGUGAAAUUGUAAUUGUUAGCCAAUGGUCAAAAUUUCGUUCUCGAGAUAAGUUGCUUGACUCAUAUCCACACACUCUGCAUGUUGGUAUCCGAAUUUGUGACUGA